GGGCAGGUUAUCUACGAUAAUGAGGAUGCCGUGGUGAAGCUCAAAUUGUCAUACGAGCUUUUGAUUAGGUAUGCUGGAGGGGAGGAAGAUGUGGUAUUCAUUAAACAAGAUCAGAAGAACCACCUGGGGGCGACGAACGGUGAAGCCACAUAUCUCUAUGAGCACUUCAACAAAGAAAAAGACAAGGACGCGAUGUUGUACUAUGAAGUGGAAGUUGAUUCAUGCGAGCAGAUUGCAAACAUCUUCUGGGCAGACAGAGAGAUGAGAAGGAGCGCACUUGAUUUUCAUAGACGACACUCCGUCGACGUCCUCCGUGAGAUAGAACAUAUUCGUCACAGCAUAGCGGAGCUUGGUGUGGAUUUCGGUGAUAUAAGUAGCAAAGGAGGAACAGACUUUAGGUAUCUGAUAGACGAGAAUGUGGCCAGGGAGAUUAUCAAUCACAGAUCGCUCAGGCACCACAAUAUCAUCCGCUUCAAGGAGGCAAUUUCUUUGCAGGUUGUUCUGACUCCAAGCCAUUUGGCAAUUGUAAUGGAGUAUGCUGCUGGUGGGGAGCUCUUUGAGCGUAUCUGGAGCGCUGGCAGAUUCAGUGAAGAUGAGGCUAGAUACUUCUUUCAACAACUGAUCUUUGGUGUUGAUUUCUGCUACUUCAUGACGGAUAAGGCGUCUAUGCUUGAUGAAGUGAUUGAACACUUGAAGCAGGUUCAAAUGCAAGUCCAGAUAUGGUUGAUGACAGGCAAUUGAUCUAAAUGGAAGGAGUUGUUGGCAGCUCCUGCAGAGAUUCUAGCAAAACUCAUAUACUGAACAAAGAAUCCUUGUUGUGAAAGUUUAUUGAUGGGACAGAUAUAUUUAGAGAUUCGAGUUUCAAGUUAUUAGCAUUUUAUAAUGUAUAAAAAUAUUAUCUUGGAUCAUGAAUUAUGGGUUUGGCUACCCAAGAAUGAUAUUUAUAGAAAAUUUUGCAAUAAAAAGCAUGGUUCUGGAUUUAUC